UAACAUGAUUACGCGCCUCAAUCCACUUAUCGAUAACUGUCGGUUAUCGCCCAAACAGCUGUCGGAAUUGGUUGAUAUUGGUGGUCAGGGUGUUUUGUUAUUAUCUCUUUGUUUACCAGAAAAAUAAAGUGAUUUUGUUAUUAAAGUAAAAUGACAGAAAAUAUAUUACAGUUUGCUGCCUUUGAGUCUUUUGUGUGUCCUACAUUUUGGCAUAAGCUAGCCGAACUAAAAAUAGAACACGACCGUCUUUCGGAUGCUCCAAAACCAAUAUCUGGUCAUUAUACAAAUCACAAGGCCGCUGGCUGCUUACUGGAGGUUGACUACAGCGCUUAUAACAGCUCGGCGCAGCCACCAAAAUUUAGUCAUAAUGCAGUGGGCACCAUUUAUAACAAAAACACUAUUGAAGAGUUCAAGGAACUGGACAAAACGUCGCUAUUGUCUGCCGAGGGUCAAGCACUGUUGGCUGAUAUGACAAGCGCACGCGUCCUAGACAACCCUAGUCUAUUAGCGCGUUUCUUUGUGCUAUCAUUUGCGGAUCUAAAAUGCCACAGCUAUUACUAUUGGUUUGGUUUUCCCUGUCCCCUGACGCAUCCACUGCAAUUGCAGAGCGAAGCUGUCAGGGUAAAAGACUUGCAAAACUUUGCGGCAGUAGCUGAAGCGUUGCGUGCAGUGCCCUCAGAAGCGCAAAAUUUCUUCAUCUUGUAUGCUAAUGAGGAACUCGAAUCUGUGGAGGUGCGCUCCUUGAGCGCUGCGCUAACAAAUAUCGAUAAUACAGAAGCGGAGCAUUAUUAUUACUGUUUUGCUGAUCCCAGCGAGUACGAGCACCCAGCUUGGCUUAUGCGCAACUAUGUGGCCUUUCUGCUGAUGCAGUGUCCCACACUUUUAGGCAAAACUCUCAAGUUUCUUGGUCUGCGCUAUGAUCAACAAAUGAAUGUGGACAAUAGCUUAAUCUGGAAGGUGGUACAAAAUGACGCGUGUGAUUUAACUCGGAUAGAGAAUGUUAAAUUUGUGGGCUGGGAACCUAAUCGUAAUUGUAAAAUGGGUCCGCGCAUGGUCUCCAUGCGAGAUAGCAUGGAUCCAGCUAAAUUGGCCGAGAACUCAGUUAAUUUGAAUCUGAAGCUUAUGAAAUGGCGCCUGCUUCCAGAACUUAAUUUGGAGGCGAUUGCGCAAACUAAAUGUCUACUCUUUGGUGCUGGAACCCUAGGAUGCGCUGUUGCCCGCAAUUUACUGUCUUGGGGCUUUAAACACAUUACGCUUCUGGACAGCGGUAAGGUAGGCUACUCAAAUCCUGUCCGCCAAAAUCUUUACACACAUGCAGACGCUGUAAUGGGUAAUAAGAUGAAGUCAACUACUGCUGCAGAAAGAUUGCUGGAGAUAAAUCCAAGUGCGGUGGCCAAAGGCUAUGUCGUUCAAAUACCCAUGCCAGGACAUACUAUAGGGGAGGCAAUGCUCGAACAAACGACUAAUGAUCUCACGCUUAUUGAGGAGCAGGUGCAUGCACAUGAUGUCUUGUUUCUAUUGACAGAUUCGAGAGAAAGCCGCUGGUUGCCCACGGUUUUGGGUGCAGUGCAUCAGAAGAUUGUGAUUAACGCCGCCUUAGGGUUCGACAGCUACCUUGUAAUGCGUCAUGGAAGCACGCGUGAAUGUGUAGGCGAUCAAGGAAAUGAAAUCGAAGGUUUAAAGUGCAUUAUGGGCCAAAAGCUAGGCUGCUAUUUUUGUAAUGAUGUCACCGCACCAGGAAAUUCUCUCAAAGAUCGUACACUCGAUCAGCAAUGCACGGUCACAAGGCCCGGCGUUUCCAAUAUAGCAGCCAGCUACGCUGUUGAGCUUCUGGUGGCGUUACUGCAGCAUCCACAACGUGAGUUGGCACCCGCCUACUAUGCUCAGAGCAGCCACAAGAGGCAGCAAGUGGAGAGCACUGCCGCAAUUCCAGAGGGAUUGCUUGGAAUCUUGCCGCACUCCAUACGUGGCUUGCUGUACAACUAUGAGAACAUUUUGCCUGCCACUGAAAAGUUUUCCCAAUGCAUUGCAUGCUCCCAGCCCAUUUUGGCCUCAUUUCGCAGUGAAGGCCAUGCAUUUCUUUUGAAAGCAUUCGAAACAGCUAGAUACUUAGAGGAAUUAACUGGCAUUGCAGACUUCAAGAGCUUGCAUUGCGAGAUAAUAGACUUUGAUGAUGAUGAAUUUGAUAUGUCCGAGGGCGAUGAAAAUGAUAGCGGACCUACAACAACUAAUAUCGACGAAUAGGAUAUAAAAACCCCCAAAGUCGGACAACACAUAAUUGAACAUAUGUAUGGAUUAAAGUUGAAGGGACAGCUCUGCCACUUUAAACAUUAAAUCAGAUGGAAUAGAGCUCCUCCAUUAAUCUCGUUUGAGAAUAUAAUUGAUGAACUUUCAUAAAACUUUAAAUGAUAAGUUAAAGUAGUAUGGGAUGGAUAUGACGACAGAUACCUUCCUUGCCAUCUGCAAUUAUCCGCUGCUCAAUGGAAAUGUCGAAUUAUAUGUUCAAAGCAUUUCAUUUCUAAUCUUCCUAGCAUAAGUCAAAUGUCUAAUACCAAAUAGUAUGCAUAAAAUAAAGAAAAAUGCUAUGUAAUGAA